AUGCCAGACAGCCCACCAACGCCCAUGACAAUAGUAUCGCCAGGCCAAGAUAUCCAAUCCAUUCUCAGCAAUAAUGAGCGUGUUCACGAGACGGAAAAAAGGAUUGUUGGGAGGUACGCGUCGGAGGAAACCGGGCUAGGUGUCCCAGCGUCUCUCGCGCAGUACGACCUCCAGACACAACGACUCAUCGUCUCCGACUCCAACGCGUCCGAAGGUACAAUAGGCGUCCCGACUCAGCAACAAGAUAUAGUCAAAUUUGAAGAGCAGAAGUUUAUUCAAAAGCUACGAGACUACGAGCAAAAUGCGAAGCCCAAGUAUAGGACUUGGAUCAACAUCGAUGGACUACACACCUUGGCCGAGGUGUGGGAGAUCCUUGAUCUUGCAGUCGCCAAGUAUAAGGACAAAGAUAGAAGUGGAGCGUGGGGCCGGGUCCGACGAGCAUUCAGAGGACUGGGGCAGAACGGCGAGGCUGUCGAGAAGUGGCUGGGGAUGGUACCAUCCCAAGAGAAUUAUUUGUCGGUUAUCUGCGGAGGUGUGAAACUUAUUCUUGGGGCCGCUGCAAGAAUGAGUGACAUCCGCGACUCGGCGCUGAGCGGGCUCCAUGACAUCCCCGUCCUGUUAAGCGGAGCACAACGUGUCCUUGGAAUUUACAAUUCAUCGCAACAGCUUAAGGCUCUGAGUGCCUCUCUCUACGUGGCUACCCUAACCAGCCUCGGCCAUAUUCUGCAUUAUAUCGGUCGGAACUCUGCGAGCAAAGCCUUGGAAGCCAUGUUCAAGCAAUCGAGCUUCCAGAGAGACCUCAGUCGAAGUUUGGAAGCGAUGCAAAAAUGCCGAGACAGCUUCAAUGAAGAGGCACGGAUCUGCGGGAUUGAGAUGCAAGGGGAAAUAGAGAGCGUAUUACAAGACACCCACAGCAAUGCCCAGGAGAUCCAGGGAGAGCUUGUCCUCAUGCAUCGUUCGAUGCUAAUUGCGUAUAAUGAGCAGAAAAGAACACAACGCCUCAUUGAAGAAGAAGCCCUGUGCCUCGAAGAAAGAAUCGAGAGCAUGAAAAAAGGACAAGCGGGGCUACAGGAAUCCUUGAAUCAGCUACUUGGCCUCGUGAAGGGAAAUCCCCUCCUGAACAGCAAAGCAUGGGCGAUGAAUAGGCCAUUUGAUGCGCCUCAUAACCCCUUCAUAUCCCUCGUUGCCAAUCCAUCACAGACGCAGUCUGCUACAGCGUACACGAUGGGAGACCUACGACGCAUCGUUCUCUCCCGAUUGGUAUACAACUCGAAACGCAUGCAAGCCGACGUCCAGGAGAACUACGACCACGGCGCUACCAUGCCUAUCGCCCAGCAAGACCGCUGCGUCUACGUGAUCAACUCCCCUCAACUAGCCUCGUGGACCACCUCCCAAGACACGAAAAUCCUUGUCAUCAACGGCCACCAAGCUAGCAGAAGCCUCCGUUCCCCCCCUGAGCUUCAUCUCCGCGCGACUCCUAUCCACUUCUUCUGCGGCGAACACUCCGAUCGACACGAUAAAUUGAACUCUGCAACCGCAAUCAUCAACAAUCUGCUUGCGCAAUUGCUGUCUUCGUUCAAAGACAUCAACUACAUGAACCUGAUCGCCCUCGGCGAUUUCGACAGCAACGACAUCAAAGCGGUCUGCCAGCGAUUCAAAGCGGUUUUGAAGCUCCUCCCUGCAUCCGCAGUUGUCUUUUGUCUUGUAGAUAACCUCCCACCCUAUCUCAUCAACGAGAAGACGUCGGAGGGCGCCCGAAAUCUACUCCAUUGGUUGAUAAGGUGGACCCAUCGACGAAGAAAUCUACAAGAGGCGGGCCAAGCUUGUACAUUCAAAUUACUUCUCACUGCUGAAGUGCAAUUUAUGGAACCGGAAAUCGAUGCGCUGGAUGAAGCCGAGGUUAUGAACGUCCCCGUGACAGUUCCCCCAGCCGGAGGAUUCACGGACAUGAAGUGGGACACGCGGGUGGGAUCCGAAGUCGACAAAAUGAUUUAA